GAGUACAAUGAUUACUCUCCCUUCUUCUUCAAUUAAUCAUACAAUUUUGUUUCGUACUCUCACUCUCAAUCCUAAUGACCCAUCAAAAAUAAAUAAUUUUUUUUUUUUUUACAGAGUUUUAAUAUGGAAAUACAAUGCCAAAAAAAUUGAAUAGUCAUAUUCAGUACAGUUUCCACAAACUCUCGACUUUUUUCUCUUCCUCUGUUUUUCCAUUUCAUCACUUUCUCUUUCACAGGAUUUGGUAAUUAUAUUAACCAAAUCUUCUUCAUAUAAAGCAAACCCUCUCCAAAACCCUAAAGUUUUUUAAGAAAAGCAAACCCAUUUUCUCUCUCCUCCACUGCUUCUUUUAUGGAGCUUCUUCAAUUUGAUCCCCUGUUGUAGUAACAGGAUUUCCCCUGUUUGAGUUUUCAUCCAACCAAACAAUAAAAAAAAAAGUGCCUUUUUUUCUUUAUAGUAAAAAAAUGAGUGAAAAGAAAGAUGAGAGAAAAACAUCACCUGAGAAAGAGGAGAGAGAAAGAAAGAAGAAUAUCAGGGGAGCACCUCCACCUCCUCUGUUUCUUCCUAGUACAAAUUCACCAUCUUUUUCUACCUUUGAUUUUGAAGCAGUAAGUAGUAAUAGUAGUGAUACUAUUAAAAGAUUAAGGUAUACAACACCAACUUCAAGUUCUCAACCUCAUCAUCAUCAAUGGAAGCAGCAAAGCCCAAUGGGCCUUGGUAUUGGGCUUCAAGAAUCAAGCCCAUCUCCUUCAAACCCACAAGCCCAAUUGACUUCCCCUGAUUCAUCUUCUUCUCCUUCAUUGUCUCCUAUCCCAUCAUCAUCAGCAGCAGGUCAAGAACAACCACAACAACAAUUGAGAAAAGGGAAGUAUGUAAGCCCAGUGUGGAAGCCACAUGAAAUGUUAUGGCUUGCAAAGGGAUGGAGGGCUCAAUACCAAGGAGAGAGUCCGGGUUCGCAUUCGAGUUUCGGACUCGAAAGCGUAGGAGGAGGAGGAGGAGGAGGAGGAAGAGGGAAGACAAGAGCAGAAAAAGAUAGAGAAGUGGCAGAGUUCUUAAACAAACAUGGAGUGAAUAGAGAUGCAAAAACAGCAGGGACAAAGUGGGACAAUAUGUUGGGGGAGUUUAGGAAAGUGUAUGAAUGGGAAAGAGGUGGUGAAAGAGAACAAGUUGGGAAGACUUAUUUUAGACUUUCACCUUAUGAAAGAAAGAUUCAUAGAUUACCUGCUUCUUUUGAUGAACAAGUUUUUGAAGAAUUAUCUCAAUUUAUGGGACCUAAAAUGAGACAUUCUCCUACUACUAGUUUUCAUCAUCUUCAAACCUCUAGAUCAUUGUCUGCACCUUGUGAUCUUAAUCUCAAAGCUUUACCUCCUCCUUACCCUUUUAAGGAUGAUAAUUAUCCACUUUCUUCCAUGUUUUCUGAUAGAGCGAGGCAGAUGCAAUCUUACUUAACGAAUAAUAACCCAAGAAAUCCAUUACUUGGGAUUGACCCUCAAUCAUCAUCAUUGAAUGUAGGCGUCUCCACGAGUGGCGGAACGCCGAGAGUGGAGCUCCGAAGGAUAGGGAGAAUGAGAAUGACAUGGGAAGAAUGGGUGAGCUUAUGGGCGGAGGAAGGUGAAUAUCAUAGAGGGAGAGUAAAAGUACAAGGUUGUAAUUUCUUGAAUGCGGAUGAACUCAUUUAUUUUGAUGAUACAAUGGUGGCUUCCUCUUUAGAAGCCUUUGGAGAUGGCCCACUUAAGGGUUUCUCCGUCGAUUGCUUCACCCCGGGUCAGCAGCUUAAGGUGUUUGGUAGAAGAAAACUUUCUUCUUCUUCUUCUUCACCUUCACUUCCUCUCCCAUCUUCUUCUGAUUUUAAUGAGAGAAUCCCUUUUGCAAUGGCAGCUGAACCCUCUAUAAGAUGGGAGUUCCAAGAUCCAACUGAGUACUACCUUGGAUGCCUAAGAGCACCAACAACAACACUACCAACCUUAUUUGAGCUUUCAUGGUACAUACAAGAACCUCCACCAGAAGAGUUUCGGCUUCCCCUUCGUAAGGAUAUAUACCGUGAUUUACCUCAAGGGAGAGAGCUCUUCUUCACCACAUCCUCGAGCGAGCCAUUAGAUUGUAAAUCUUUCACCAUUGACAUCCUUAGCUCGCUCAUUCGAUCAAUCCCAAGUAUUACUACAUCAAAUUCUUCAAGCCGGGAUUCCUACAUUGCUCUAUGGGAUGAUUGCAUCAACCGUGUCAUAUCAAAAUUUUGCCCCUUUGAGAUCAUGUUCACAAGAAAACAAUCCUCAAAGUCAUCUUCUGAUGAGUCAUUUGGAGAUCAAUGGCCAAAUUUAACCGGCAUGGUAAAGAAUCUUUGCUUAUGGAGAGGUGAGGAAACUGAUCAACUAAGAGAAUCACAACCCUUUAUUGAUCCUUCAUCUUCUAUUACAAAGAAAAUGUCAUGGACCUACAAUGGCAUUCCCUAUGUUUUAGGGUACUAUGCUAUUGGCCAUAAUAUCACAUUCUGUGCAUUAAGUCCAUCAGAUUCAUCAUCUCAAGAGUCUCGAAUCACUCGAACCGAUGUUUAUUCCUUAGAUCUUUCAAACCCUUCAGAAAGAAUCAAAUUGCUAGUACCAUGUUGGAGAAUUGGGAUCUUAUUAGCUUCUUUAGCUGAGAAAUGCAUCAAGAAUCAUUGUCAAAGCGACUACGAACGACAAGAUUUAGGUGAUGGAAACAUAAUUGAAAUGACAACAAAGACGACGACAAGAUUCUACCUUAACAAGCGAAGAUGGCAAACAACCAAAGAAAUCUACUCAGUGUUAGACCAAAGAGUAGUACCCCACGUUGAGCACUUAAUUUCCUACAAUGAAGAUGAACUAGCCUUGGUUUUUAAACCAAGAGGAGUAAAAACAAAGCCAAAAAACAUGGAACAACUUGUUUUAGCCCUAAAACAAGUAGCAAAAGCACUAGUAGCAUUACAUGAUUUAAGUUUCAUGCAUAGAGACUUAUCAUGGGACAAAGUGUUAAUGAUAAUGGAAGUAAACAAAGAGGAUGAGGCCUCAUCAUCAACGGAGGAGUGGUUUGUGGCCGGGUUCGAGGAGGCGGUAGGAGCUCCACAAAUAAAUCCGGUGGCGAUGGCGGUGGCGGUAGUGGAGGAAAGAGAAAAGUAUGCGGCGGAGAUGGGAAGAGGAGUGCAUGGAGUGAAAGUAGAUGUAUGGGGAAUAGGGUAUUUGAUAAAGACAAGUGAAGUAAGAUAUGAAGGAAUAGUAGGAAAACAGGUAAAAGAAUUGGAAGGGAAAUGCAUGGAGAUUAAUCCAGAACAACGCCCAACAGCAGCUGACUGUUACCAUCACUUGUUGCAGAUUCAGUCGUCGCUUUCAUCAGCCGCCUCUACCCGUUGCUCUUGAUUGCUACUUGCUGCUGCAAAUUUUACAGGUCUAUAAUUUAUUAGAGUACCUUUUUUUUUUUUUUUUUUUUUUUUACUUUUAUCACUAUAUUUGGGGUGAAAAUUUUCUGUGAUUUGUCAGGUGGUAGUCACUGGUGUAAGAAAAGGAAACAAUCCUAUAAAAUUGACUGUUCAAGGGGGGUUUUCAGCUUACUUUUGCUAGGGUUUGUUUAAAAUAAUUUUCUGAAGAAAAAUGGGAAAAAAAAAAGAAAAA